AUGGCUAAAGCAAGCUCCUCCAAUAACAAGUCCACUUGCUUUAUUGAUCAGCAGUACCACCAAAUGUUCAUUGAAGAUGUUGUUAUUCCUUGCCUCGACUUUGUUUCCAUUCAGGCAGCAUAUCCAGGUCCAUUAUCUUUUAAUAAUGCAGCUAGAAAUGGAUUGGGACAUAGCUCAGUUAAACUUGAAGCCUUUUCGUUAUCGCUUUUGGUUGGUGCUAUUCGAGAAUUGAUUAACAGUGGUGAAAACACAAGACUGAAUGUGUUUAAAGACUUUUUCUUCGUUAUCUCUUCCCAUGGCAUGAAAAAGGUGAUAUCUGAUAGCAUCUAUCAGCAAGACUUUUCCGGUCUUGGUGGCUUUAAGUACAUGGAGCCCAAUCAUUCAUAUGUGUCAGUUCAAGCAUAUGGUGUUUGGAAACAUGCUUUUUUCCGUCGUGAGUACCAGUCGAACCGACAAGGCAUGGACUUGACGCCGAAUAACAUACUUGACAAGGCCAAGGCUUAUGAGAACUGGAUGAAACAUCAUUCAGCAUAUCUUCAGUGUAUUGGCUCUCGUCAAUAUGGUUACGGUGCUCGUCUUGAGUUCAGGCUCAAUUGUACUGACGCUCCUGAAUACAGUUUGGCUGUUAACAAUGUUAACCGCCUUCAGCGACGGCCGUCGCUCAAGCAAUAA